AUGACGCCGGUUGCCGUAGUUACCACAUACCGGUCGCAAGAUGGCCGCCCCGGUAGCAGAGAGGCGCCUGAGUGCUGGCUGACGACUCGGUCCUUACAGCUUGCAACCACUGGGCGGACUUCCAGCAUUUAUUUCUCUCUACCCCCCCCAACCCACAACUUCCAAUUUAAAAAAAAACUUGCAGCCUUUCUCUGUUUUGAAGACGACAGCAACAACUCGUCAUGGCGUGCACUUUGUACCACUAGAUUACCGACAUGGAACCGUCCGAGCUGCAGCCGCCUCAAAUGCAAAGAAAAGGUGACUGUGCCAAAGCAGCUGACACCUAAAGACAAGAACGUUGAAAACAUAGCUGUAAUCAGUGAUAAGCAUGAAAAGAAACUACGCUCCAAUAUGCGAACAACAGAAAGAGACCAUAAGAAAACAGUGCAAUGUGCAUUCAUGUUAGACCCUAUUACUGGGUCUUCUGCAAAGAAUUCAAUUCCUAACAAGCCUUACCUCUGCCUUAGCUGUAGUAAGUCCAACUCUCCAGUUUCGGUGCCUGUUAGCAGACCGACACGGCAGACUUCUAGAACAGAUUGCCCAGCUGACCGCCUGAAAUUCUUUGAAACUUUGCGAUUACUUCUUAAGCUUACCUCCGUUUCUAAACGAAAGGAGAAGGAACAGAGGGGUCAGGAAAAUACCUCUUAUGAAUUGAACAGAUCAAAUGAACUUAUUUGGCUGGAGCUGCAGGCCUGGCAUGCAAGUCGUAGCAUAAGUGAUCAGGAUGUUUACCUUUACACUGCACGCCAAGCUGUCCCUGAUAUUAUUGAUGAUGUUUUGAACUUCAAAGUAAAUUAUGGAAAUCUGUGUGCUUGCAAAAGAGAUGAUUAUGUUGACGCUGCUGGAGAUGAUGAGAUUUUUCAACAGAAGACGGAAUGUUUUAGGACUUCAGGAACACAUGUCUUUGGUCACAAUGUUUAUCAGGAGCACAUUCAGUGUCAGAGAGUUGCAUUUGAGCAGGUUAAAAGUAUUAUGGAGCUGCUAGAGUCUGUGGAAGCACUUUAUCCGUCAUUGCAGGCCCUCCAGAAAGACUAUGAGAGGUAUGCUGCAAAGGACUUUCAAAGCAGAGUGCAGGCACUCUGCUUAUGGCUAAACAUAACUAAAGACCUGAACCAGAAAUUGAACUUAAUGCGCACAGUCCUGGGCAUUGAGAAAUUGCCAAACAUUGGCUGGCCAGUGUUUGAAAUCCCAUCUCCUCGUCCUUCUGGAGCAAGUGACCCAGAUGAGGAAGGGGAAAAUAGUGACAAUUGCUCACAGACUUGCCUGUUGGAAAAUGAAGAUGCACAAGGUCAUGAAAAUGAAAUCACUGAGUCACAAAAUGACAGAGAAUAUAGUGCAUGUAGGCGCAAAGCAGGGGUACACGUUCAUUUUCAGUCGUUGGAUGGUUUCCCAAAGACAUUUGAAAGAUCCAUGUCUGAAGAUGAGGCACCAUUAAUGGGAAAUCAGUCUACUGAGUGCCCAUCUGACAUUAAUGUCAACAGAAAUUGUCAAACCUCUAUUUAUAGGCCUUUUGUUGAUAAAGCACUGAAACAAAUGGGAUUACGGAAGCUCAUAAUGAGACUUCACAAGUUAAUGAAUGGGUCCCUACAAAGGACUCGAAUAGCACUGGAGAAAGAUGUUAGUACACUGGAGUUCUCUGCUGUUCCGGAACCUUUGAGCUGCCAUGACUAUCUGCCUGAAUUGUCUCACAUGUCUUCCUGCAAAGAGCAGAAAGGCAGUACUGUGUCCUGGGAACAGCUGGAAGCUAUGGAACUCCCAUCUUUCCAGCCUGCUUACUUGGUUUUAUGUCGAGUUCUCCUCAACGUUAUUCAUGAAUGCUUGAAACUGAGGUUGGAGCAGAGACCUGCAGGAGAGCCAUCAUUGCUCAGCAUUAAACAGUUGGUCAGAGAGUGCAAGGAAGUGCUGAAGGGUGGUCUCCUUAUGAAGCAGUAUUAUCAAUUCAUGUUGCAUGGGAUCAUGGAUGAAUUCCAGCGACAGCAGAAAGUUAAUAGCAAUAUCGAUGAAUUCGAGGAAGAUCUACAUAAAAUGUUGAUUGUUUAUUUUGAUUAUAUGCGGAGUUGGAUACAGAUGCUGCAGCAUUUACCCCAAGCUUCCCACAGUCUGAAGAACCUUCUUGAAAUAGAAUGGAACUUUACCAAAGAAAUAACGCCCUGCAUACGAGGAGGAGAGGCCCAAGCAGGAAAACUCUUCUGUGACAUAGCUGGAAUGCUACUAAACUCCACUGGAGAGUUCUUAGAUUCUGGACUUCAGGAAAGUUGUGAUGAAUUUUGGGCAAGCGCUGAUGAUAAUACUGCAUCAGAUGAAAUCAGAAGGUCUGUUAUAGAGACCAGUCGUGCAUUAAAAGAGCUGUUUCAUGAAGCUCGGGAGAGAGCAUCCAAAGCUCUAGGAUUUGCUAAAAUGCUAAGAAAGGAUCUUGAAAUAGCAGCUGAAUUUACUUUGUCAGCUCCUGUGUCAGAAGUUUUAGAAGCUCUUAAAAGAAAAAAAUAUGUCCAGGUUCAAAUCCCUGGUCUGGAGGACCUGAAUAUUUUUGUUUCGUUCGAGCUUGCAGAACGAAAAUCUCAGAUACUCCAGCUGCUCAGUGCAACAGCUGGCAAGGACUGCUCAAAAGAAUCUGAUGAAUCUGUUGAUGAAGCUUGCUUGCUUCUCAUCAAAGGUGACUGUAAAGUUAGAGAACAGGUAGAUAACUGGAAAUUGUGGAGCGGCCAGUCAAUCAAAGUACUGCCACAGGUAGAAACUAUGGAUACAUUGAGAAGCAUGGAGAUUAAUAAUUUACUGUUGGUCGUCAUGCAGUCUUCCCAUCUUGUGAAUCAACGUAAAACGUUUCAACAAUCCAUACAAAAUCUAAUCUCACUGCACCGUGAGCAAACAUCCAGCCAGCCUGUCAUAGCCAAAGCUUUGGAGCAGCUGAAGCAAGAAGCAUUAUUGCUGUGCAAUAAGAUUAGUAAUGCAAUUGAUAGGAUUGACCAGAUGUUUAGUUCUGAGUUUGAAGCGGAAAUGGAUGAAUCUGAACGUGCAACUUUACAGCAGUACUACAGGGAAACUAUGAUCCAAAGUUAUAACUUUGGUUUUGAGUAUCACAAAGAAGUUGUGCGCCUAAUGUCUGGAGAAUUCAGGCAGAAAAUGGGAGACAAAUUUAUAAACUUUGCUAGGAAAUGGAUGACUUAUGUGCUCACAAAAUGUGAAAGUGGAAGGGGAACAAGACCCAGAUGGGCAACUCAAGGCUUUGAUUUCCUUCAAGCAAUUGAACCAGGAUUUAUUUCAGCUCUUCCUGAAGAUGACUUUCUGAGUUUGCAGUCUCUAAUGAAUGAGUGUAUCGGUCAUGUGAUAGGAAAGCCUCAUAGCCCUGUGACAGGAAUUCAUAGAAAUAGUCCUCGUCCUAUCAAAGUACCUCGAUGCCAUAGCGACCCACCAAAUCCUCAUCUCAUCAUUCCGGCACCUGAGGGAUUCAGCCCGAGGAGUCUUGGCUCUGAAGUGCGGAACCAAUGUGUAGCUGUUGCUAUUCGCUCGCCACCUAUAGUGAGUGACCUCAAUCUCGUCAAAUCUGCAAGCACUGCUAAUGAAUUAAGAGGUUCAAGUGUCCCUGAAAAUGACCGCCUAGCGUCCAUAGCAGCUGAACUGCAAUUCAAGUCAUUAAGUCGACAUUCCAGCCCCACUGAAGAUCGUGAUGAACCUAUAUAUCCUAAAGGAGAUGUUAGCGCACGAAGAAGCUGGGAGCUUCGCUCUCUGUUAAGUCAGCCAAAAGAUAUAGCUGCUAAGCAAAGUCGAAUUGACAUUGUCCGCAAGUCAAUUAAAUCUUUUGAGGAGCAACAGAACCGGCAAAUGAAGCAAAAGAAUAUCAUUGGCCAAGUCUGUGACAUUCCCAAAUCGUACGAUAAUGUCAUGCAAGUUGGAUUAAGAAAAGUGACGUUUAAGUGGCAGAGAGGAAACAAGAUAGGUGAAGGACAGUAUGGAAAAGUGUACACUUGUAUAAAUGUUGAUACUGGAGAGCUAAUGGCAAUGAAGGAAAUCAGAUUCCAGCCGAAUGAUCAUAAAACAAUCAAGGAGACAGCAGAUGAAUUGAAAAUUUUUGAAGGCAUCAAACAUCCAAACCUGGUGCGGUAUUUUGGUGUGGAACUGCACAGAGAAGAAAUGUAUAUCUUUAUGGAGUAUUGUGAUGAAGGCACACUUGAAGAGGUGGCUAGGCUGGGUCUACAGGAACAUGUAAUACGAUUGUACACCAAGCAGAUCUCCACUGCAAUCAAUGUACUGCAUGAACAUGGAAUUGUACACCGAGAUAUCAAGGGUGCCAAUAUCUUCCUCACCUCAUCAGGUCUAAUCAAACUGGGGGACUUUGGUUGUUCAGUAAAACUGAAGAAUAUUGCACAGACCAUGCCUGGUGAAGUGAAUAGUACUCUUGGCACUGCUGCUUACAUGGCUCCUGAAGUUAUUACUAGAGCAAAGGGUGAAGGGCAUGGACGUGCUGCAGAUGUUUGGAGCCUGGGAUGUGUCCUUGUGGAGAUGGUCACAGGCAAGAGGCCUUGGCAUGAAUAUGAACAUAACUUCCAAAUAAUGUACAAGGUAGGAAUGGGUCACAAGCCUCCCAUCCCAGAGAGAUUAAGUCCAGAAGGCAAAGAUUUCCUGUCUCAUUGCCUGGAAAGUGAUCCAAAACACCGGUGGACGUCUAGUCAACUCCUAGAUCAUCCAUUUGUUAAGGUUUGCUGUGAUGAAGAAUGAAGCUACCUGAACAAGGGCUCUAGUGGUCUCCAUGACAUGAGAAGCAAUCACUACUGCAAGUGCCAAGAACACUGUACAACUAAGGACCGUGCUGACAGGGGUCACUGUACCACUGCUUCUGUGAAGCUGAUAGGCCAAGACUGCACAUGUUGGGCAAUUGACUGUCUAGCAAUUUAAAAUAAGCUGCAUGCUCAAUUGGAAGUGCCAUUACUACUGUACAGAAUGUUGUGGUUUCUGUUGUUCUUUCACCAAGCCCCACUUCCUGCCGACAUCCCCACCCACUCUCACAUUUGGGAACGGUAAUACAGAUCUGUAGUAUCUCAAUUUUCUAUAGGUUCCUUACCAUUUUGUGUUGUCAAAUAUUCUGAUUUGUAAAAUGUUUUUAUCUCCUGUUUGUUGUGCUAUACACACCUAUUAUACUGUGGAAUAAGAAUGCACUGACUCCCAAGAACGUUUGCAUAUCUGAGUUUGUUACGGAAGGAUGUAGACCGAUUAAUGAAAUACAGUUGCUUUCCAAUAAAUUCUUUAUUUUAGGAAA